GAACAUCUGCCCUCAGACUAUGUUCAUCGCUGCUAUGAAAACAUGUAACCCGACUUGCGCAUCCAUCGCAGAGUUUGUUUCAAAGCAGACUGGUGGCUGGCCGAUGGCAAAGGCUGUCAGCCACCUCACUUAUCUUCGUCGAUUCCGUCUACUUACUAAUAUUCCGUUCUCUCGUAUCGCCACCUUCCUGAGCUCCUAUUCUGAAGACCAGUGUCUCUAUAUCAAUACUAUCUUGCACCAUGCCUCGACUUCCGCCCGGCACAGUCUUCGAUAUCAUCGACCAUCUCGCUGACGAUCUCGAUGUUGGCACUCUCUCAACGUGCUCGCUCGUCUCGCUCUCCUGGAUGACUCACAGCCGUGCGCACGCAUUCUCCAAAGUCAUGAUCGCGAAUACCACUCGCCUGCGCACCUUCCUCGAUCUGCUUCACGGUGGCGGGCACUCGUUCCGCUUCUGCGUCCAAGAGCUCAACGUUGGCUCCCGGGCGAGUGGCGUCCGCACAGAUCUGAAGCGCAGCGAUCUGGUUAUCUUGCUAGGAAACCUGCCGACGCUUGUCUCGCUUUUAUUAGCGAAUAUCGUCUGGGACGACGACCUGGGCGGCAAAUGCAUGAAGCACAUCCCUUACUAUACGCCCCUCCGUCUCACGCUGCUGAAGCUAGUCAAUUUCACUGUCAGAGACAAGGCCCUUUCGAUGGUGCAGCUAUCUUCUGUCAUACACCUCUUCUCUGGCAUCAACUAUCUUGCUCUCCUCUGGGACUCCGACGUCGAGUUUUCGACCGACAACGCUGUUUCCCAUGCCUGCGCCAAGACUGUCGCGCUUCCACAGCUCGGAGAGCUCUCGCUCCUGAAUUCGUCUCUAAACCCGCGCAUCAUCAAAUGGCUCUGCAACGGCGGGAUCGGGAGUUCUUUCAAGGCACUGACCGUGUAUGUCGCGGACGAGAGCACUCUCGCCGCCCUCGGACAACUUCUGCGCUCGUCUGGGCAGUUGCUCGAGACGCUAAGCCUAUACCUCCACCAUGACAAGGGACUGCAAAAUAUUAAACGUGAGUGCUAGCGCAUCGCACUCUUCAGGAAAUUCAUUGUGACGCCUCCGCAGCCGACACGGUCGCUCGCACACUCAAAUUAGCAAGCUGCCCAGUUGUCCAGCGCUUCAAAUUCUGGGUCAUUGUCGAGGAAAGCUACACGAACACGCAUCCCAUCUUACGCUGGCAGUGGGACACAGGCCUCGCGAUCAUCGGUCAACUUCCGAAGAACGCACUCAGCAGGAUCCAGGUGGCAGCCAUCCCACAGCGCACCACUACGGUCGACCCAUUCCUUCUUCUCGAGAGCGUUCCCUGGGGGGAGCUGAAGCAUACCGUGCACCACUUCUCGCGUCUGACUGGCGUCGAUAUUUUCUCAGCUCGGUCUCAAGAGAAGCGCCUUAUCAUAUCGAGCCGAGCCUUGGCGACACUCACGGUGACCAGGUAUGUGAAAUCGAAGCAGAGAGUAGCAGGAUCGUCAAGUCCGUCUAAGAGUGGUGUAGUUGGCUUGUCGUAGACGUAUGUGAGCUGGAUGCCGAUAUGAUUUAGUGGCAGAGUGGUCGCAAGGAGAAUCUUGGCCGUCAGGUCAUAACAGUUCGCCCAUGUCCUUAUCAUCAGGUUUCAUGUAUCGGACGCGAAAAUGUGGCGAGUUCGCGAGGACUUCGAGGGCUUCCGUCGCGCGUUCCCUGGUCUUGAACAUUACAAACACAAAGUCCCAGCGACCUGCUUUCUCGUGUUUCUCGGCUGACCGCUAUUCAGCACGA